CGGCCUCAGCGUCACCAGGAAGUGGAGCCGUGAUGUCAACAGAAACACGGAGAUGUCGACAUGAAGCUGCCAGGAAUAUUUUAAAUUACAAAACGCCGUGGUUGUGCGGUUCGUAUUGACCGUUUGGAGAAUGAGGGGCGUCGCUCGUGGGGCUUUGCCGCUGCUUCUGUCCAUUCUGCUGUUGUUCGUGAACCGCUGCGUGCCGGAGGGAGUUGAGAGAGAACACUCGCCGGAACUGCACGAGAGAGAUGACACCGGCGGAGGAGGAGGAGAUGUGAAACAAGUUACUGCUGGAAACCAGCAAAUAUCUGUACACCACGACCAAGAGGACGGGGUCGAGCCAAACGUCCCACACAAGGAUGGACAGUCCGUCAGAGGCUCAAAUGACACAGAUCACUACAGCAAUGAGACCCUUCACACUGCUGCCACUACUGCUGUCAAGCCGACUACCCCGGCACCCCCAACCCCCAAGCCCAUUCUGCCUGUACAGACGGGGGUCAAGGCCCAAGAAGAAGAGCAGUCCAGCGGGUUGACCAUAUUCUUCAGCCUGCUGGUUAUUGGAAUCUGCAUCAUAUUGGUGCACUUGCUUAUCAAGUUCAAGCUGCACUUUCUUCCGGAGAGUGUGGCUGUCGUUUCCCUUGGAAUUCUAAUGGGAGGCUUCAUCAAGAUUAUCGAGUUCCAGGAACUAGCCAACUGGAAGGAGGAGGAAAUGUUCCGGCCCAACAUGUUCUUCCUUUUGCUUCUGCCUCCCAUCAUCUUUGAAUCUGGAUACUCUUUACACAAGGGAAACUUCUUCCAGAACAUUGGCUCCAUUACCCUCUUUGCUGUGAUUGGCACAGCCAUCUCCGCCUUUAUAGUUGGAGGUGGUAUCUAUUUCCUUGGACAGGCAGAUGUGAUCUACAAGAUGACCAUGACUGAUAGCUUUGCCUUUGGCUCGCUGAUCUCAGCUGUGGACCCUGUAGCCACCAUCGCCAUCUUUAACGCCCUCAACGUAGACCCAGUCCUUAAUAUGCUGGUGUUUGGUGAAAGCAUCCUCAACGACGCCGUCUCCAUUGUCCUCACCAACACAGCAGAGGGCUUCACCCGCUCAGACAACUCCAUGGUAACGGGCUGGGAUACCUUUUUGCAGGCGUUGGGUUAUUUUCUUAAAAUGUUCUUUGGAUCUGCUGCUCUGGGAACCCUCACUGGACUCAUCUCUGCUUUUUUUCUCAAACACUUUGACCUGAGGAAGACUCCUUCCCUGGAGUUUGGUAUGAUGAUAAUAUUUGCAUACCUACCCUAUGGCCUGGCAGAGGGCAUCAAACUAUCUGGGAUUAUGUCUAUCCUGUUUGCGGGAAUUGUGAUGUCUCAUUACACCCAUCACAACUUGUCUCCUGUCACCCAGAUCCUCAUGCAGCAGACGUUGCGCACUGUAGCCUUUAUGUGUGAGACUUGCGUGUUUGCCUUCCUUGGUCUCUCCAUCUUUAGCUUCCCACAUAAGUUUGAAAUAUCCUUUGUCAUCUGGUGCAUCGUCCUGGUUCUUCUUGGCCGAGCGGUGAACAUCUUCCCCCUGUCAUUCCUGCUGAACUUCUUCAGAGACCACAAGAUCACACCCAAGAUGAUGUUCAUCAUGUGGUUCAGUGGCUUGAGAGGAGCCAUCCCCUACGCUCUGAGCCUUCAUCUGGGCCUGGAGCCCAUCGAGAAGCGGCAGCUAAUCGGCACCACCACCAUCAUCAUCGUGCUCUUCACCAUCCUCUUCCUUGGGGGCGGGACCAUGCCACUCAUCCGUCUCAUGGACAUUGAGGAGAGCCAAUCGAGGCGUAAGAGCAAGAAAGAUAUCAAUCUCAGCAAGACACAGAAAAUGGGUAAUACCAUUGAGUCGGAGCACCUAUCAGAACUGACAGAGGAGGAGUACGAGGCUCACAUCUACCAGAGACAAGAUCUGAAGGGCUUCUUGUGGCUUGAUGCUAAGUACCUUAACCCCUUCUUCACUCGCAGGCUUACCCAAGAGGACCUGUUGCACGGCCGGAUCCAGAUGAAGACCCUGACCAACAAGUGGUAUGAAGAAGUUCGCCAGGGACCCUCUGGCUCUGAGGACGACGACGAUGAAGCAGAAAUUCUUUGAACGGGACAAAACACUUUCAGUUCAUAUGAAAACAAUGAAUGGUCAUUGUGUGUUUGUGUGUGUCUGGGCAGGGUGGGUGGGUGGGUGGGUGAGUGUUUGUGUGAAGACGAGCACUGUUCUAAGUUUCAGUCACGUGAACUUCUUGUUUGUUCACCUGCCACCAAGUUUGUGUGACAAACUGCGUGCACACUGUGGAUUUUCCAGCGCACAAAGUGAGCUGGAAUGUGUCCAAUCUUGGUCCCAGUAAAACUGUCUCAUGAACUUAUAACGCUGGAUGAAGCAAAAAGAAAAAGAAAAAUGUGAAAAAAUGAUAUUCCUCAUUUGAAUGCAAUAUUUUUACUAGCUAACGAAACUUAACAGGAUAUCUGAAUAAGUGUGCACCAGUUCAUUGAUCUGCCAAAUAGCACACAGGACGUCGCUGAUCCUGAGAGACGUUUCCCAGGUGUUUCUUUUAAAAAGGAUUAGGUGUGAAGGGAAAUCGACAGGGAAGCUAUGGGAGACGUUUUCAAUGUGAAGCAAUACCACAGCACCGUUUUACUUGUUUCUCUUUACUUCUCACACUUCUGUAUCGUUAAUUGCUUUGUCAAAUUCCCACUUUCAAUAGCUUCCUGUUUGACCAGAUUGAAUUCUCUCUUGGUUAUAUGCAUGUAUGAGUAUGCAUUAAUGGUUUUGAGUUAAUUCAUUACAAACACAUACUGUAUAUGCAUACAUACGUAAUGAAGAUAAAAAUCCGAGAGGUGAUGCACAAGCUACCACUGCCCCCUCCAGCAGCAACAAAGAGAAAGGCAGGAGAUCUAGUGAAACGUUCCGGGUAAAACCAUUCAUUUCCAAAACAUCAAACACCUAGCUUGCACGAGAAUCAUAAUGAAGAAUUAUGCAAAUUGAAAAAAAAAUUGCUUACAUUUUACUUUCCAAGUAUGGUCCUAGUUUUGUUUGCACAAAUUAACCUUUUAUCUGAUUUUGUUCUCUGGCGAGGUUCCUUCCUUUACACUGUGUAAAGUCAAUCUGUGAAUUAGAACUUGGAAUGUUCCUCUUGUGAUUUGCAUUAUGGGUUUCGAAUGAAGAUAGGCACCAAUGAAUGUGGGUAUCUGGGAAUAUGAUCUUGUGAAUUUUAAUGUAUUUUCUUUCUAUUUAUUUUUUUUAACGUGUGUGCGCGCUGUUUGUGGGAUGAAAGCUUUUAUACAAGCUCUAUGAGCACUGCAGACUUAAGAAAAGAAAUAAUAAAUAAUAUCAACACCC